AUGAACAAUGUUUUUAUGAACCUCUUUAUCCUCCGGGGUAUUAUAGACAACCCAAAAUUGCAAGUUAUCAUUUUCAUGCUGUUCUUCUUCAUUUACCUCUGUACCCUGAUAGGGAAUCUCGGGAUGAUAGCACUGAUAAAGGUCAACCCCCAGUUACACACCUCCAUGUACUUUUUCCUCAGCAACUUGUCUCUCUUAGAUGUCAUCUACUCCACCGUUAUUGCCCCCAAAGCCCUGGUCAUUUCCUUAGGAGAGAAUAAAAACAUUUCUUUUACUGGUUGCAUGGUUCAGUUUUUUUUUCUCUCUCUCUGUGCUAAUACUGAGCUUUGCCUCCUGGCUGCAAUGGCAUAUGACCGUUUUAUAGCCAUAUGCAACUCCUUGCUUUAUCACCUCAUCAUGUCCAAGAAAGUCUGCAUCCAGCUGAUAGUCAUCUCUUACAUCUGUGCCUUUGUCAAUGCAAUCACCCAUACCAGUUCUCUCUUCAGCCUCUCUUUCUGCCACUCCAAUGUCCUUGACCAUUUUUUCUGUGACAUCCCCCCACUCCAAAAAAUUUCAUGCUCUGACAUUCGCCUUGAUGAACUGGUGCAUUUCAUCUUUGCUGCUCUAGCAACCUUAACCACCAUUAUGAUCAUCCUCAUCUCCUACCUUUAUAUUAUCUUUGCCAUCCUGAGGAUCAAGUCUGCUGAAGGCAAAUGCAAAGCUUUCAACACCUGUGCCUCACACCUGACUGCUGUUGCCAUAUUAUAUGGGACACUCUUCUUUAUGUAUCUGCGACCCAGCUCCAGUGACUUGGCAGACCAGGACAAAGUGGUGUCUGUGUUCUACACCAUGGUAAUCCCCAUGCUGAAUCCCCUGAUCUACAGCCUGAGGAACAAGGAGGUGAAGAAUGCCCUGUGGAGAACAAUAAGCCAGAAAGUUAUUCUUCAGUGUAUGUAA